AGAAUUAAUAAGAAGAAUUUCAUAAUAAUAUGGCUGGUGUUUCGUAGUUAAGGUGCUGGAAAUGGAUGGGUUUCUGAAGUAGACGAAUCUACAAUAAGGAUCUCUGUUUGCUGCGAAGGCAUAGGAACAGAAAGCUAACGAAAGAACGAACGAAGCAAUCAGAUCCAGUAACACAGUAGCUAGCAGCAGCAACUAAGUAGAUUCCACCUUCAUCAUCUUCUUCAGAUUUGGGAUCCAAAAUUCACAAUAAUAAAAGCUAGAAAAGAAGAAGAAAAUGUUCAAGUUUUUGAAAGAGGUAGUGGGUGGAUCUGGGACAGGGUUGAAGGAUCUGCCUUACAACAUCGGCGAGGCUUACCCUUCCGCUUGGGGCUCUUGGGUUCAUCACCGCGGCACCAACAAGGAUGACGGGUCUCCGGUAUCAAUCUUCUCUCUGACUGGGAGCACCGCCCAGGAUGGGCAUUUAGCUGCGGGUCGGAAUGGUGUCAAGCGACUCCGAACUGUUAGGCAUCCGAAUAUCUUGUCAUUUCUUCAUAGUACCGAAGUUGAAACCUAUGAUGGCAGUUCUCCCAAGGUUACCAUCUACAUUGUGACUGAGCCUGUGAUGCCACUUACGGACAAGAUUAGGGAGCUAGGCCUUGAAGGUACACAAAGGGAUGAGUACUAUGCUUGGGGUUUGCACCAAGUAGCUAAAGCUGUGAGCUUCUUAAAUAACGAUUGUAAACUUGUUCAUGGUAAUGUUUGCAUGGCUAGUGUUGUCGUCACACAAACUUUGGACUGGAAACUCCAUGCUUUUGAUGUUCUAUCGGAGUUUGAUGGGAAUAAUGAAACUUCAUCUACCUCAAUGCUGCAAUAUGCAUGGCUUGUUGGGGCACAAUACAAACCAAUGGAGCUGGUAAAAUCGGACUGGGCUGCAAUUAAGAAGUCUCCUCCGUGGUCCAUUGAUUCUUGGGGCAUGGGUUGUCUAAUCUAUGAGAUAUUCUCUGGCACGAGAUUGGGAAAAACAGAGGAGUUGCGCAACACAGGCUCCAUUCCAAAGUCUCUGCUUCCAGAUUACCAGCGACUACUGAGUUCCAUGCCUUCUCGUAGAUUAAAUACUUCAAAGCUUAUAGAAAACAGUGAGUAUUUUCAAAAUAAGUUGGUUGAUACAAUACAUUUCAUGGAAAUUCUGAGUUUGAAAGAUAGUGUUGAAAAAGACACCUUCUUCCGCAAGCUUCCAAAUUUAGCAGAGCAGCUUCCUCGUCCAAUUGUAUUGAAGAAGUUACUUCCUUUAUUAGCUUCUGCCCUUGAAUUUGGUUCAGCUGCUGCCCCUGCUUUGACUGCACUUUUGAAAAUGGGUUCCUGGCUUUCUGCUGAGGAGUUUCGUGUCAAGGUGCUUCCAACAAUUGUUAAACUAUAUGCCUCUAAUGACCGAUCUAUUAGAGUUGCCCUACUUCAACAUAUUGAUCAAUAUGGAGAGUCAUUAUCAGCACAAAUUGUUGAUGAGCAGGUUUACCCUCAUGUUGCUACUGGGUUCUCUGAUACAUCUGCUUUUUUAAGGGAGCUGACUCUCAAAUCCAUGCUAACUCUGGCUCCAAAGCUUUCUCAAAGGACAAUUUCAGGGUCUUUAUUAAAGUAUCUGUCAAAGUUACAGGUUGAUGAAGAACCAGCUAUACGAACAAAUACCACCAUCUUGUUGGGAAAUAUUGCAACCUACUUAAAUGAUGGGACAAGAAAAAGAGUGUUGAUUAAUGCAUUUACUGCUCGUGCUUUGCGUGAUACUUUUCCACCUGCUAGAGCAGCAGGCAUUAUGGCUUUAUGUGCCACCAGUUCCUACUAUGACAUUACUGAAGUUGCAACGCGUAUUCUUCCUAAUGUUGUUGUACUCACAAUUGAUCCUGACAGUGAUGUUCGAGCUAAGGCAUUUCAAGCUGUUGAUCAAUUUUUACAGAUAGCGAAGAAUUAUUAUCAGAAGACAAAUGUAGCAGAGGGUGCUGCAGCUGCAGGCAUGGGAAGCUCAUCUGUUCCAGAAAAUGCUGGCUUACUUGGAUGGGCUAUGAGCUCGUUGACCCUGAAGGGUAAACCUUCUGAUCAUCAUGCUCCAGUUGCUUCAGCAACCACUAGCACACGUACACAAACAACUUCUAGUGCCAGCUCAGCUGUAGAAACACCAUCAACAGUACCUGUCCGAGUAAGCUCCUCAACUGAUUUUGCUGAACAGCCUGCUCCUCCAUCCCCUACAUCAACGGAUGGUUGGGGGGAACUAGAGAACGGAAUUGAUGAAGAGCAUGAAGAUGACAAAGAUGGGUGGGGUGAUCUGGAACCACUAGAAGAAUCGAAGCCAGCUCCGGCUCUUGCAAACAUUCAAGCAGCUCAACGGCGGCCAGUUACUCAACCUGUUGCACAGACAAAACUAGCCUCAAAUUCGAGAAGCAAAAGUACACCGAAGUUGAACGAAGAUGAUGAAUUGUGGGGUUACAUAGCAGCUCCUGCUCCGAAAACAUCAAAACCUUUAAAUUUGAAACCAAAUGCAACUGAUGAUGAUGACCCCUGGGCCGCUAUUGCUGCUCCUGCACCCACCACUAAGGUCAAACCCUUGGCAGCAGGCCGAGGCCGGGGAGCCAAACCAGCUGCUCUAAAAUUAGGUGCUCAGAGGAUAAACCGAACAUCGUCAUCUGGGAUGUAAAGCAAAUUGCCAGACAACAAAAGGAGUAAGGAAAAAUGUCGAAUCUGCAGGUUAACAUUUUCUUCUGGCCGCUGGUGAUCAUGUUAAAAUAGAAGAAACUUCUAUGGUAUAUGGAUUUUAAUUGUGUUUCCUAUUGGCUUAGUUGAUUUGUAAUAUUCUUUCAUAGAUAAUGAUUUUAUUUGAAGGGAAAUCUUAAGGGCAGCAUAAUGGCUGUGUGGUAUUUUCACCAUAUGUUUUGGGGGCAUGUCUAAAUUUUCUUGUGUUGAACAAGCAACAUUUUAGAGGCAAUGUAAUUAGUUUCUGUUAUAGGAAAGUUUUGGGUUAAACAUGUACUUAAACCUUUUCAAUAUCGGAUGGAUCAAAUACACUGUAUUCUUUGAUGCA